GCGUCAAAGUAAUGAAAUCAGUAAUCGCUGCGACGCAAAGCAAGUUGGGCCAGCUGUUCGGCUGUCCAGCUGUCUACUUGUCCAGUUGACCAGGAGGUGCACCAACUUAGAGAGAAAUGUCCGGUGAACAGCAGCCGAGUGCAGCGGCCGCCGUUAACUUGGCCAAAAUAGUGAACCUCAUUGGCUCAAAUGUGCAGGACGAGGAGCCAGCCGCCAACAUUGUCAUUGGCAGCUCGCGGAACAUUCGAUUGGCCAGCAGCGGUAUUCCCCGUCGCAGCACCUACUCCUACAUACCCAAAUCGCCGCAACUGGAGGAGAUUAUUUUUGCGGAGCCAACAUUCUCGGAACGUUUUGCCCGCUACUUUGUCAUUGUGAUCUAUUUGUGCGGCUUGUGCAGCCUCGGCUUCAUUCUAUCCAUCUAUCAUUUCUUUGCCUGGGACUCCCGGAUGCCGCCCGUCUUCAAGGGACAAAAGAAGGCGCCGGCCUUUGGCUAACUGGGCCAACUCAGUCUUUGAGCCAUUGAGUUGCAAAAAGUUGUGACCCAGUUGCAGAUUAUUAACCUCCCAGUCCGAUGAUGACCGAACGAACGAGCAGCCGAACAUGCCGAACAACGUUACCCGAAUCGAAAUAGAAAACAAGUAAAAGUUUUGCACUUGCAGCGAGGA